AUGAGCGAGCACGCUGGGAUCCGGCGCGAUCCGGUCUGAGCCGGCCCGCUCUUGCGCGUUGGGCGGAUCCGGGGCCGGCGGCGGAAAUGGCGCGGAGGAGGCCUGGCCCGUAGGCCCGAGAGACGCAGCCCGCCUCCCGCCUCCCGAGCCGCCGCCGCUUAAAGGGACUGCUCAGGGCGCUGGAGCAUGAGCUGGACCGGCAGGUCGUCGCAGUACAACCAUGGCAUCUGAAGAGGCCUCUCUGCGUGCACUGGAGAGUCUUAUGACGGAAUUUUUCCACAGCUGCACCACAAACGAACGGAAAAGGGAGAUUGAAGAGUUGUUAAAUAAUUUUGCACAACAGAUUGGAGCAUGGCAGCACUGUAUUUACUUCUUAUCCAACACCCGCAAUGAGUAUGUCAUGAUGUACAACUUAACGGUGUUCGAGAACCUGAUUAAUAAGAUGUGGCUGGGAGUUCCUUCUCAGGACAAAAUGGAGAUUCGAAGCUGCCUACCCAAGCUUCUGUUGGCACACCACAAGACAAUGCCAUACUUCAUCCGCAACAAGUUAUGCAAAGUAAUUGUGGAUAUUGGUCGGCAGGACUGGCCAAUGUUUUACCAUGACUUUUUCUCCAGCACAUUACAGUUAAUCCAGGCUCCUUCCACCACGCCUUUGGGUCUAAUCAUGUUGAAGACUACCUCGGAGGAGUUGGCGUGCCCACGGGAGGACCUCAGUGUGGCACGGAAGGAGGAGCUCCGGAAACUGCUGCUGGAUCAGGUGCCAACAGUACUGGGUCUUCUCACAGGUAUUUUAGAGACCAUUUGGGAUAAAAACAGUGUUACGGCUGCAACUCCACCUCCCUCCCCAACUUCAGGAAAUAGUGGUGAUUUGCUUAGCAGCCUACUGCAAGCUCCCCUAGCUGCCAAAUUAUUAAACCAGCCAAUUCCAAUUUUGGAUCCAGAGAGUGAGCACGUUUGUUCUCUGGCUUUGGACUGUCUGACUCAUCUCUUCAGCUGGAUCCCACUCUCCACCAGUAUCACCCCGACUCUCCUGACAACCAUCUUCCAUUUUGCUCGUUUUGGCUGUGACACCCGUGCCAAGAAAUUAGUUGCUGUGAAUGGAAAUGGCCACAACAACAAUAUGAUGCCAGAACGAGGCAAACUGGGUGUGUUGGCUAUGUCUUGUAUUAAUGAACUCAUGUCGAAGAACUGUGUUCCCGUGGAGUUUGAGGAAUAUCUGCUACGCAUGUUCCAGCAGACAUUCUACUUGCUGCAGAAAAUCACCAAAGAGAACAACGCACACUCCAUAAAGAGUCGUCUAGAAGAGCUGGAAGAAAGCUAUGUGGAAAAGUUCACCGACUUCCUGCGCCUGUUUGUUAGUGUCCACCUGCGCAGGAUCGAGUCCAACUCACAGUUUCCAGUGGUGGAGUUUCUAGGCCUUCUCUUCAAAUACACUUUUCAUCAGCCCAGUCACGAGGGUUAUUUCUCUUGCCUUGAUAUCUGGACAAUAUUCUUGGACUACCUAACCAGUAAAAUCAAGAGUCGGCUUGCUGAUCGGGAUGAGGUGCUGAACAGGUACAAAGGUGCGUUAGUUAUGUUGUUGACAGAGGUUUUGCAUCGUGUACAGUUCCGCUACAAUCAAGCCCAGCUGGAAGAACUUGAUGAUGAGACGCUGGAUGAUGAUCAACAGACGGAGUGGCAGCGGUAUUUGCGGCAGAGUUUAGAGGUGGUGGCCAAAGUGAUGGAGCUUCUACCUUCCCAUGCGUUUUCUACAAUCUUUCCCAUCUUGCAGGAUAACCUUGAAGUUUACCUAGGUUUACAGCAAUUUGUUGUAACCUCCGGACAAGUUCACAGACUGAACAUUACAGCAGAGAAUGACUGUCGCCGUUUGCAUUGCUCAUUACGUGAUCUCAGUUCACUCCUUCAGACUAGUGGUCGCCUGGCUGAGUAUUUUAUCGGGGAUGUGUUUGCCGCCAGGUUUAACGAUGCGCUCAGAGUGGUGGAGAGGCUAGUGGAAGUGACAUUGUAUGGGUCCCAGAUCAAGCUGUAUGACAUGGAAACAGCAGUGCCAUCUGUACUGAAGCCAGAUUUGAUCGAUGUCCACGCUCAGUCACUGGCUGCACUACAGGCUUACUCCCACUGGCUGGCACAGUUUUAUAGUGAAGUUCAGCGGCAAAAUCCUGAGCAAUUUGUCUCUCUCAUUUCCACUGCUAUGGAGGCCACUGCUCCCCUCAUCAGCUCGAAGGUGCCAGAGAAACUGUUGCUCUCGGCAUGCCACUUGCUGCUGUCGUUGGCCACCACUGUACGGCCAGUGUUUCUGGUCAGGAUCCGAGCUGUGCAGAAAAUCUUCGACAGGAUCACCGAUGGCUCUGCUCGCCAGCUCCCUCAAGAGGGUAAGGUGCUGGUGUGUCGGGCCUUGUCCAACAUGUUGCUGUUACCGUGGCCAAACCUUCCUGAGAGUGAGCAGCAGUGGGCUGUCCGUUCUACCAAUCAUGCCAACCUCAUUUCAACCCUCACCAGAGAAUAUCGCCAGCUCAAGGACAAUGCCGGACUGUCACAGAGCAAAGUGGGUCUGGGAGACACAAAAGUGGUUGUACAGGAUACACUGAGUAUCCUGAGGUACAUCGUGGAGAACAUCUCUGGGGAGGUGACCAAAUCCCGUCAGAUAUGCUACCAGUCCCUUCAAGAGUCGGUGCAGGUCUCCUUGGCACUUUUCCCAGUGUUCAUUCACCAGCCUGGUAUCACUGAUGAGAUGCUCAGCUUCUUCCUCACUUUGUUUCAAGGCCUCAGGGUGCAGAUGGGAGUUCCCUUUACAGAACAGAUCAUCCAGACGUUCCUCAACAUGUUCACCAGGGAGCAACUGGCGGAAAGUAUUCUCGAGGAGGGCAGUGGUGGUUGCCGUGUGGUGGAGAAGUUUUUAAAGAUUCUGCAGGUGGUGGUCCAGGAACCCGGGCAAGUGUUCAAGCCAUUCCUCCCCAGCAUCAUCUCCCUCUGCAUGGAGCAGGUCUACCCCAUCGUAGCUGAGCGGUCCUCGCCAGAUGUGAAGAUGGAGUUGUUCGAGCUGCUUUACCAGAUUCUGCACAACAACUGGCGAUUUUUCUUUAAGUCCUCUGUCCUGGCCAGUGUUCAGCGUGGAACAGCUGAGGAACCAAUGGAGAAUGAGGCCCAGUUUGUUUCUGCGAUGCAGGCUUUUGGACAGUCCUUUUUGCAACCAGAUAUUCAGAUCUUUAAACAGAACCUGUUUUACCUGGAGACACUCAACACCAAGCACAAGCUGUACCACAAGAAAAUCUUCCGGACAACCAUGCUCUUUCAAUUUGUCAACGUGCUGCUGCAAGUUCUGGUCCACAAGUCCCACGACCUACUGCAGGAGGAAAUCGGGAUCGCUGUAUACAACAUGGCCUCUGUGGACUUUAGCAGCUUUUACGCUGUAUUUUUACCCCAGUUCCUGGCCAAUUGUGAUGGUAUUGACUCCAAUCAGAGAACAGUGCUCGGCAGGAACUUCAAAAUGGACAGGGAUUUGCCUUCGUUUACACAGAGUGUACACAGACUUGUGAAUGACCUGCGAUACUACAGGCUCUGUAAUGGCAGUUUACCUCCGGGGACAAUCAAGCUAUAGCCUCCACGACUGAAGCCUUUCCUCUUGCCCUCUCGCCAGGAUGUCCAGUGCAACUUGCUGGCUGGACCCCUCAGAAUACACUGCUGCAGCACUUUGUGUCUUUGUCCUGCAGGAAGAUAAUAGUUGUAUUCAGUACAUUGACAUGAUGCAAUUCAAUCAUGUAACCUGCACUGAAUAGACAUCAGUCAUUUGCACCUUUGCAUUGAUGUGCUCCUCUCAGCUGUCUCAUUGGAUUGACCAGGCAGUGCUACUGUGGUCAGCACUUUGUUUCCUUGUUUGAAUUGCCUUGAACAUUUCUGCUCUGUGCAAGCAGAAGACUCUCCAUUUUAGGUCAUAUCAUUCCAAUGUGAUACUAUUGGCACACAAUUGAUGAAGAGUUUAUGUUGUAAACUGUGUUCAGGUCCUUUGAAUUACCCUCUCCACGUGUAUGCUGGAUUAUUUUUUAAUGAAGAUUUUAAGUUGGGUAAAUUUAUAUUGUAUUCAUUAGACUUCCACUCAUCUUUGCAACAUUUCUCCUGCGAUCCCUUCCCUACAGAACUUGAUCCUGUUGGUCUCUGUGUCAUGUGUCCCCUUCUGAUUCACUGAGGGUCUGUCAGAUGUAACUGAACCAGGUGGAGGAGAGAAAGAAGCAAGAGUGUGUUUGAAGCAUGUGGUCAACAUACAAGUGACCAAGAAUGUUAUUUAAACACAUAUGUUUUGACAUUGAUAUAAGGUUCUCAGUUCUGGACUGAUGUCUGAACUAUCAAGGGCUUUCAUCAGUUAGACUCUGACAGGAAGAUCCAAGCACGAGCCCCCUCUCUGUUCUAUUCCUGGGCCGCUAGUUUCUCCAUUUGACUUUGCCCAAUGCCUCUGGGACUCUCAGCCAUUUGUGUCUGAACCUGCUGUCCAAACACUCGCUGGAGAAGGUGAGCUUGUGGGCUAAGGCUCUGCAAACUCUUGAGUGAUUUUAUUAGGAGUGGGGGUGGAAGAUUAGAGAACAAAUCAAAGUAGAUGGGAGGAAGCUGCCAGAUGUGUGGUUCCUCUGCCUGUCUGGACCUGUGUGUUGGGGAGAUCAGGAGUGGACACGUGACUACCAGAGUGUGGUUGGGGUUUCUGGACCAGCAAAGAGGAGCAGAUCAGCACUGUGGAAUUCACAGAAACCCUGAGCCAUGAAGACGCUGGCCAAUGUACUCUGGGCAUUUUGUCUGCCAGCCACUCGUACAUUGCCAGUUAUAGUGUUAAAGUAAGGCCGUCUGGGCUGAAUGUAUUAAAUAGGUGGGUAAGGCCUCCUUUAUACUUGAAGAUUAAACUUUUUCUCCCCCCAAAGAAGCAAUUGUCCCACCCUUAAAUUUAUAGGUACAAAAAUACUGGGUCUCUGGAAAAAGGGCUUUUUAAAAUGAAUUCACGUAGAGCCCAAUCCUUGGUUCCCUCUGUAUGAGCAGCAGACCGGCCUUCCUGUAACCAUUGCUCUGAAGCUGACCUGGUCAUUGAUUUGUUAGCGUUCCUUCAGCUCCAUGGUAAUUGAGACUUGGCUCUGGGGAUCAUGCAAACCUUCACCAGUUCCUUCGCUGUGGUACAUCAUUCCUUCAAAACCGUGUAACUCUGGGCCUGACCUACCACACACUCGCGUCUGUCCUCAGCAUCACUAUCUGCAGAUGCUUUUUCAAAAACCAUUAAGUUUGCUCCACGAGGCCAAAAUUCUCAACAUUUCACUAAGUUUGUUUAAAAAGCUGCUGAUGACACUUCAAUCUCAAUUCAAAUUCUGGACCCUGAUUAUUUAAUUGGAACUAAAUGGGGCAAGUUUCCAUCCAAAUCACUGAUCUACUGCAGAUCACUGAGGGAAGCCCACUACGUAGUUCCCUGCAGCAACCAGUCUUUCUUCCCUGGGUUGGUACCAUUUCAGGUGCAGAACAUAAGCAUAGUAGAGCCCUGAUAUCAAGUUGUGGCCCACUCAGCACUGUAGUUAGAUGGUGGGUGCUGGGUUCAUCAGACCCUGGAUUCACCACUCUCUUCCAACAGAGUGACUGCUACCAGUGCCUCGUACUGGCCCACACACCCAACUGGGUGUGGUUGUGAUGCUGCUCUGUGCUAAGCCUUGGACUAAUCUGAGAGUGCUGACGUUUUUGGAGACAAAUGAGUGUUUUACAACUGACUAGAUCUGAUUUCCAGUCUUUGUUUCUGGGCUAUGGUUGCUUAACUUGGUCAAGGUCUGUGGUGUCUUCUGUUAUAUUUUACCCUUUACUUUGAGCCCAUGGCAUUUUUUAAGAAAAUAUUCCUUUACAUUUUGCUGCAUAUUGUACAGGAAUGAGGUACUCUGCAAUUAGCGACCUCCAGUAACUUGUUUUCAUUUCAUUGGACUUGAAUCAUGCCCCAGUCUGGAAAUCUAGUGGCUUGGUACACUACCACCAUGGUUGGACUUGGCUUCCUGGGUUAGGGCUGUUGCCAAAGCUUCUGUAAGCCCCGUUAGCUCCUGCAUCUCAUGUUGGGGUGAAGGCACAACGUUGCACCUUGACUUUUGGUGAAGAAUCCAAUCAUCCCAUUUCACCCACUGCUUCUUUCUGCUUUGCUCUUCCCCGGGCUGGUGGGGCAGACCAGCUUUGCCAGAGCCUUUGCCAUGUGUCGUCAGCACUAUUUCGUUGUCAGCUACUUGGAGGUGUGAAAUCAGCCUCACUGGCUUUCCACUCAGGGUAGAGAGCUCUGCUGUUGCUCAGCAUCCAGAUGAGGUUUGAAUGGAAGGUGAUGCUAACCCUUCGUCCUGGGACUGCAUCAAUUGUGGUGACAUCAAGCCUCCCUCAGAGUCCAAAGCCAAAGCCCCUGGAGUUGAUGGGCCGUCUCAGUGACAUCGUACAUUGUGGGAUGCAGUCUUCUGCCCUGCUGUUUCCUUUCCCAGUUGAAGAAUGCUUUGUCUGCAAUGUGAUCGAACUGCGUUGUGGUAUUUAUAUCAUUGUACCCAAAAGGGAAUUCCUUCCAACGUACAAAGUUAAUGUGACUCGUACCACAGCUUGCACUGUUGGUCUCACCAUGUAAAAUGUGGCUGACCAGCUUGUGUGUUGAAAUUUGAAGCUCUGUUUACAAUGUGUACUGAGAAUGCCCAUGUUCGUAGUCACUGCAAGUAAAUGUGCAAGACCUGAGCUGAAGUGGGCCAGCUCACACCAAGUACAAAGUGGACUCGUUUAUUUUUUUAGGAUUAUGGUGAUACUUUGUACAAGUGUACAUUGAUGUGAUUAUAAACAGGUUCCAGCUUUCACCAAGGCUGUGUCAGUGUUUCUGGAUGUAUAUAUGAGACUCUGUAUUGUGCCUGAACACUUACGAUGAGAAGUGUAUUAAAUCUACACACUGGUUUUAC